UCAUGGGAUUUGUAGUCCUCCCACCCACUCCACGUUUGGCUGCAAAUGGACUACGACUCCCAGCAUGCAGUGCGAAGUGGUGCGCGUGGCUGCCGCAACUGAAAGCGAAUCAAGGAGGUCAGCUUGAACGUGGGACUUUGCCCUCGUGGCUGCCAUGGAGCCAGCCUGGAGGCCUCAGGGCAGGGGGCGUGGCCGGAAGCAGGAUGCUCCAGGAGAAAGGGUGCGAGAGAGGCCCGGAAGUGGCGCAGGAAGAGGAGCGAGCGCCAAGACGACGGUGCCGCCCGAAGCUCGGCACGGCGCUUCCGGGCCGGCCAGGUUCGAGGAGAUCCGCAAGUCCAACCAGGUCGCCGUGGAGAGACUGAUGGAGCGCCACACCGGCUGCUCCUCUGAGGAUGACGACGAUGAGGAUGACGACGAAGAGCACAAGGAUGCACGCGUCCUGGAGUCCACCUUCACCGCAUAUGCCAGUCAUACAGGUGGCGACGUCACAGGCCUGCAAAGAACGGGUCAGUACGUCAGCGAGCUUUUCACGUCUGGAGCGCUCACCUGCCUCAUCUGCAUCGCCUCGGUGAAGAGGACGCAGCCGGUGUGGAGCUGCUCCGGCUGUUUCUCCCUCUUCCAUCUUCCGUGCAUCCAGAAGUGGGCCAGGGACUCUGUGUUCUUGCUCUGCUCGGCCACAGACGAAGACUUUGGGCGCAAGCAGCAUCCGUGGCCCUGUCCCAAGUGUCGGGCUGAGUACUCCCACGCCGACACGCCCGCCAGGUACAUGUGCUACUGUGGGAAGCUUCAGGAUCCUCCCGCCGAUCCCUGGUUAGCGCCUCACUCGUGCGGCGGAGUGUGUCACAAGGAGCUGAAACCUUCCUGUGGACACGCAUGUCUGCUGCUGUGUCACCCUGGUCCCUGCCCGCCGUGUCCCAAGAUGGUGUCCGUUUCCUGCUUAUGCGGCAAAGCUAAGCCCCUGCCCCGGCGCUGUAGCAACAAGGCUUGGUCAUGCCAGCAGCCGUGCAGGAAGUUGUUGCCAUGUCAACAACACAAAUGUUCCCAGCCGUGUCACUCAGAGUGUUCCCCUUGUCCCAGAGUCAGCAUUCAGAAGUGUGUGUGCGGUCGGCAAAAAUCGGAGAGACCCUGCGACGGGCCCAAGUGGAAGUGCGAAGGGGUGUGCGGCGCCAUCCUCUCGUGUGGGAAUCACACCUGUGAGCGCGUGUGCCACGACGCACUCUGCCCACCGUGCCCCCGCUCGCUCAGCAGAUCGUGUCCCUGCGGCAGGAACAAGUCCAACCUGCCGUGCACGGAGGAAGUGCCACUGUGUGGUGACACGUGUGAGCGCCCCCUGUCGUGCGGGAAGCACACCUGCUCCAUGAGGUGUCACCGCGGGAAUUGCGACACCUGCCGACAGGAGGUGGAGAAGGAGUGCCGUUGCGGGAAAUACAGGAAGCUGAUGGCGUGUCACAAAGACUAUUUGUGUGAGUCCAAAUGUUCAAAGAGCAGAAGCUGCCAGAAACAUCCGUGUCGGAGGAAGUGUUGCCCCGGCAACUGCCCCCAGUGUGACCAGAUCUGCGCUCGGACUCUGGGAUGUCGCAACCACAAAUGUCCGUCCGUGUGUCACCAAGGAAGUUGUUACCCGUGUCCACAGACGGUGGACGUCAAGUGCGCGUGCGGCGCCGCCUCCCUGACGGUGCCGUGCGGACGUGAGCGGAGCACCAAGCCGCCUCGCUGCAAGGAGAUCUGCAAGUCUCCACCUUCCUGCCACCACGCUGCCAGAGAGCGCCACCGCUGCCACCCCGGGCCCUGCCCACCCUGCUCGCAGCCCUGCCUUCUGCCUCUGGUCGGCUGCGCGCACACGUGCCCGCGGCCGUGCCACGACCGCGUUCUGCUCAAGUCCCAGCAGGUGCAGUUGUCCGGGCCGUGGGAGCAGCGCUCAGAACCGGCUUUUGUGACCAAGGCCCUGCCCUGCCCCCCUUGUCAAGUGCCGCUACCAGUCUCCUGUUUUGGAGAACACAAGGUGAGCGCCGUGCCGUGUUGCCGCCGGGGCCGCUUCUCGUGCAAGGGGCCGUGCGGGCGACCGUUGAGCUGUGGCAACCACGCGUGCGGCAGGGAGUGCCACCUGCUGGACGACGGCAACAAGUGCGACGACUGCGAGGAGGGCUGCUCCAAGCCCCGGCCAAGCCUUUGCCCCCACACCUGCCCGCUGCCCUGUCACGUUGGCGACUGCCCCCCUUGCCGCCAGAUGAUCCGCCAGCGCUGCCAUUGCAAGAUGAGCACACUCUAUGUGGAGUGCACGAAGAUGACGACGGCCGACGAGGGGACAAGGAUGGCGUUCGGCUCCUGUAGCAACCAGUGUCCCAAAGAGCUGAGCUGCGGUCAUCGCUGCAAGCAGGUGUGUCAUCCGGGGGCGUGUGGGGCCGAAUGUCAUCAGAAGGUCAAGCUGCGAUGUCCCUGUAGGAGGAUCAAAAAGGAGCUUGCGUGCGCGAUGGCGUCCGGCUGUGUUGUCGAGUGUGAUGACAACUGCGUCGAACAACAGAGGAAAGUCAGCCAGCUCAAGGAGGCAGAGCAGAAAGCGGCGGAGGAAGAUGAGCAGCGGAGACGUCAGGAGGAGCUGGAGGCGUUCACAAAGCGCCGAGGAGGGCGCCGCGCCAAGAAGCGAGGGCGGCGGGAUGGGGAGGACGAGGAGGACGGCGGCCGGACGGGACGCUGGCGGAGGUGCGCUGUAUUCGUCCUCGUCCCGCUGGGCGGCGCCGUGCUGUCACUCGCCGCCUACUUGCUUCUGAGCUCGGCCGAAGACGCUGGCGGGGUGACUGUUUCGUAGGCGGUCACAUUAUGAUGUCAUAGGCGGUCGUGGCACUUGAUGAUGAUGUCAUGGGAAAAAUCUAACCAUUUGAUUUGACAAAUAAAGUCUGUAUGAUGACCGCUCCCUGUU